AUGGCUAAUACAAACACCCCUUCUCAACCGGCCGCGUACGGGACUAAUGCUGGGCAUUACACCCGCCCUCCUCCAGCUUAUGGUGGUGACCAGUCACCUCUUCUUGGGUCACCCCGUACCAGUGAAGAUAAUAUUCCCGAUGACUUCAAAUACUCUACCUCAGUCGCGGAAGCGACCAUCGACAUCCGCCACGCCUUUGUCCGUAAAGUCUACGCAAUCUUAACAGUCCAGCUUGUUGCCACUGCCAUAUUUAGCUCAAUCUCAUUCUUCAACGAGUCUUUCAAAGGGUGGAUCCAGACAAACACAUGGAUGCUUUUCAUCGCUAUGUUGGGUUCCUUCGGGCUUCUCUUAGCGACCUUCUGGAAGAGAAAGAGCUAUCCGACAAAUCUUAUAUUCCUCUCUGGGUUCACUCUCGUGGAAGCCUACACUAUCGCUGUUAUUACCAGCUUCUACGAUAGCCGCAUCGUUCUCGAAGCAGUCAUCAUCACCGGAGCACUAUUCGCAGGUCUCACCCUGUUCGCUUUCCAGACAAAAUACGACUUCAGCAGUUGGUACAGCUACCUCUACGGGGCCCUUUGGUUCUUGAUCUUAUUCGGAUUCGUCUCUAUUUUUUUCCCUCAUAACGGAUGGGUUGAACUGGCCUAUAGUGGUGUUGCGGCGUUGCUAUUCAGCGCGUACAUCUUGGUGGAUACUCAGUUGAUCCUUAGACGGGUACAUGUGGACGAGGAGAUCUCAGCGGCAAUCAGUUUGUAUCUGGACAUCAUCAACCUGUUCUUAGCUAUUCUCCGUAUCCUCAACUCUUCAAGCGAUAACUAA